UCAUCAUAUCGUCUAUCGUGCUUAGAUUAGACCUUAGACUUAGGGAAGUUUAGACCGUUUAGACCGCUUAGACCGUUUAGACGUUUAGAGUUUGGACCCUGCGGAAAGUUUUUGAAUAUCUAACGAAUAGCCUAUCUAAAGAUCGAUAUAUUGUCAAAAAAUCUAAAUAGUUCCAAAACUUCAACCUACGUGUAAACACAGAUAGCGUUAAUAUUUCACAUUUCUUCCUUUACAAUAUCCAAAGAUAGUCGUGCAUUGAAAACCUUGUACGGUAUACGGCUUUACCAAUUAUUAUCACAAUCUCAUUCACUGCGAUGGCCUUGUCUGUUUCUUCUUCUUCUCCAAGCAAUCACAAUCUCUCAGAACAAACCCUGGUUAGUGGUGAUUCAGGUUCUAACUGUGUUCCUUCUAGGUUGGAAGAUAAUAACAAUCCUCGUUGGGGACCAGCACACAAGGGCGCUCAAGAAUUAGCACAGCUUUACACUAAAGGCAAAAGAUUCCAAGAAACCUUUUCGGUAGUUAUUGCUGUUGCAUUGAUGGUGAUAGAUCUGUGUUAUUUGAUAUAUUACUUUCAACUUCAAUCAAUUGGUGUUAUUCUACUUUCUGGCUGUGCUGGUAUACUGUCAGCAGAUUUUUCAUCUGGACUUCUUCAUUGGGCUGCAGAUACUUGGGGCUCAGUUGACCUUCCUGUCAUAGGAAAGAACUUUAUACGACCUUUUCGGGAGCAUCAUAUCGAUCCCACGGCUAUUACUCGCCAUGAUUUCAUAGAAACCAAUGGCGACAAUUUUAUGGUGAUCAUUUUGCCUCUAGGAGUUAUGGCGUCACGUUUCUCGACUUGUUCGAACGAUCAGAUUGCGCAUUCCUAUGCAUGGUACUGGUACCUAUUUCUUUUUUCAGUUUUCGUCUGCGUGACCAAUCAGAUUCAUAAAUGGUCGCACAUGUACACCGGGCUUCCUAAAUGGGUUCAAUGCUUACAAGAUUGCCACAUUAUUCUACCCCGUAAACAUCACCGGAAGCACCAUGUAUCGCCUCAUGAGACAUUCUUCUGCAUUACAACAGGUUGGCUGAACAGGCCUCUUGAAAUCGUGAAGUUCUGGAAAAUACUUGAAUAUUUAAUUGAAAGUGCCACCGGUCAAAAACCGCGAGCAGAUGAUUUCAAAUGGGCCGAAAAAAGAAAUUAGCUGUUUAGUUAGUGCAAGGCAAUGAUGGAGUCACGCCUGUAACUACUGUAUAUUUUUGCUUUUACGUUAUGCUUCCAGGCACAGUUUAUUACAAUUGUCCUAUUUUACUUGCUCCGGAGACUGCUUCCUCUACAGAAGUACAUAGGGCUUAUUAAUGCAAAUAUGUCAAAAUAAAACUAAUUGUCAUGUGUUUGUUGUAGAAUUCAGCAUAAGAACUUUUUCAAUUACAGUAUUAAAUAGUAUGAAAUUGUUAUAAAAUCCGAAUGAAACAAAUAAAAUACAUUUUCUUAUUGGUUAA